UUUUAGGCUUAGAAAGAUUUUGUGGACAGCUGCUUUUCAGGCCUCGUCUUGGGUGCAUGAUGCUGACUUGUCUUUGGAAAGUCUUUCCUUUCUUUGUCAUCUCAUGUUGUUUACUUACCAAUGUGAUGCUUGAGGAUGAUUCACCAGUGAUCGCCAAAUAUUUCAACACAAAAGGGAGGUAUGAGGAAGUGAACCUGUAUCUCAUCAAGGACAUACUUGCUGUUAACCGAUCCAUUUUACAGCCUCCAUCUGCACAAUGUCAGGAGAGUCAUCUGACUGCAAUAAUAAGACAUGGCACAAGAUACCCGACGACUAAAAUCAUCAAGGACAUUCAGCAGCUCUACAGCAUCGUCCUGCACAAUGCCUCAGGUGAAGACACCUGGCUGCGUGAAAUCCAGACCCAGUGGACGAUGUGGUACACUGAAGACAUGGACGGCCGACUCACCUGGAAAGGUGUGAACGAUCUCAAGCAUCUUGCCGUCAGGCUGUCAAACCUGUUCCCCUCGCUGAUUUCUGAGGAGAAGCUUCGAGGUGGACUCAUCAACUUCAUAACAAGCUCAAAGCACAGGUGUAUCAACAGCACGUUGGCCUUUAAGGCUGGACUGACAGAGCUGUGGGAUAUCAAAGAUAAGGAGUUUGACCAUGCAGUGAAUGAUUCUCUGAUGAGGUUUUUUGACAUGUGCACCAGAUUUGUUCAGGAAGUGGAUAAGAACGCCUCAGCGGUGGUAGAGGUGGACAAAUUCAAGCAGGGACCAGAGAUGAGGAGGGUCCAGGAGAAGAUCGCGGAUCGUCUUAGAGUCCCGUACAGUUUCAUCACACAUGAUAUGGCUGAAGCUGCAUUUUACUUGUGCGCUUAUGAAUUUGCCAUCAAGGCUGUGAACUCCCCCUGGUGUCAGCUCUUCGAUGAGGAUGACGCAAAGGUUAUGGAGUAUGCAAGUGACCUGAGGGAGUUCUGGAAAAGGGGCUAUGGAUAUGAUAUUAACAGAAAGUCAAGCUGCAUUCUCUUUCAUGAUGUGUUCAACCGUCUGAACAAGGCAGCCAGCCAGAACAAGUCUGGUCAGCAGGUGACGGAAGCCGUGACAGUUCAGGUCGGCCAUGCAGACACCCUCCUGCCACUGCUUACCCUGCUGGGCUUUUUCAAGGACAGCGAAGCACUGACAUCAACCAACUACGCCGCACAGACCCAGCGCUCCUUCCGCACUAGCCACAUGUUGCCCUACGCAGCUAAUUUGCUCCUGGUGCUGUAUGACUGUGGAGAAGGCGACCUGAGACUGCAGCCACUGCUCAACGAGAAGCCUGUGACUUUCCCCGGUUUAACUGACCAGCGGGCCUCCAUGCCGCUCUAUCAAGAUGUCAGAGAGCACUACAGGGAACUGCUCCAAGGCUGUGACUUUGAGAAUGAGUGUCAGCUGUUCAAGCAUCCUGCUGAAGUUUAGGUAGACAGGAUUCUGUCAUGUUUCAGAUACCUGUUAAUUAUUAGCAGCUCAACCAAAGAGACAUUUCACCUCUACACUAAUGGCACAGUUUAAAAUAACUGUAAUAGGUUGUAGCUUUUGUUUUUAAUUUCAUGCAGAAAUGAGAGACACAUUUGAAAAAGUAAGACAAAAAUGUAGUGUUUACUUCAUUCCUCUCCCAUUAAUUACUUUGUGACUCUUGUGGUCUUUAAAUGCAACACUUUUACUUGCAAUGGAGUAGAUUUACAAUGGCAA